AUGGCUGGAUUGGCACCUGAAGGGACUCAGUUUGAUGAGCGCCAAUAUGACAUGAAAAUGAAGGAGUAAUGAAUAUUCUAAUUCAGUUUUACUUUACUUACUUUAAUUUUUUACUUUCUAUUCAUUUAUUUAAAUCAUUUGGGACAUUACCUGAUGCAGGCUUACGGAAGAUGGGCAGGACUUCUUUACCUCAUAUGAUGAGGUUUAUGAGACCUUUGAUGCCAUGGGGUUGCAAGAGAAUCUCUUGAGAGGCAUCUACGCCUAUGGUGAGUGAGAUCAGCUCUUCCAUUUCUCUCUUGUUUCGUCUUCAUUGAGAAGCUUUUAACACCGUUUUGCAUUGUCCUGUUCAUAGGUUUCGAGAAGCCUUCUGCCAUACAGCAGAGGGGGAUUGUGCCUUUCUGCAAGGGUCUGGACGUCAUCCAGCAGGCGCAAUCCGGUACGGGGAAGACAGCGACUUUCUGCUCUGGGAUCCUGCAGCAGAUCGACUACGGCCUCGUGGAAUGCCAGGGCUUGGUUCUCGCCCCGACCCGAGAGCUUGCCCAGCAGAUUGAGAAGGUCAUGCGAGCCCUCGGAGACUACCUCGGCGUGAAGGUUCAUGCCUGUGUUGGUGGUACCAGCGUUCGCGAGGACCAGCGCAUUCUCUCGAGCGGAGUUCAUGUUGUUGUCGGCACCCCCGGCCGUGUCUUCGACAUGCUUCGUCGGCAGUAUCUCCGGCCCAACAGCAUCAAGAUGUUCGUCCUGGACGAGGCUGACGAGAUGCUCUCUCGGGGCUUCAAGGAUCAGGUCCUCCUCCUCUAUCCUUUUGGCCCACAAGAAUCUAUUCUCGACUGAUGCCGGGCAUCUUUGAUGGGUCUUCUUCUUUCUUUCUUUCUUUGUGUUCUCUGAAUGUUGUUGUGGGUCAGAUCUACGAGAUCUUCCAGCUGCUGCCGUCGAGGAUCCAGGUGGGGGUGUUCUCGGCGACAAUGCCGCCGGAGGCGUUGGAGAUAACGCGCAAGUUCAUGAACAAGCCGGUGAGGAUCCUGGUGAAGAGGGACGAGCUCACUCUGGAGGGGAUCAAGCAGUUCUACGUGAACGUCGAGAAGGAGGACUGGAAGCUCGAGACCCUCUGCGACCUCUACGAGACUCUGGCCAUCACCCAGAGCGUCAUCUUCGUGAACACCCGCCGCAAGGUCGACUGGCUCACCGACAAGAUGCGCAGCCGCGACCACACGGUCUCGGCCACGCACGGCGACAUGGACCAGAACACCCGCGACAUCAUCAUGCGCGAGUUCCGGUCGGGCUCGUCUCGGGUUCUCAUCACCACGGACCUCUUGGCCCGUGGCAUCGACGUCCAGCAGGUCUCCCUGGUCAUCAACUACGACCUGCCGACGCAGCCGGAGAACUACCUGCAUCGCAUCGGGCGUGGCGGGCGGUUUGGGCGGAAGGGUGUGGCCAUCAACUUCGUGACCCGCGAAGACGAGCGGAUGCUCUCAGACAUCCAGCGGUUCUACAACGUGACCAUCGAGGAGCUCCCUGCCAAUGUGGCCGAUCUUAUAUGA